AUGUCCACUGAUUCUGAGUCUAAUGUUCACUUCCCCGCGCGUUUGGGCGCACCUCUUCAAGGUGGCCGUUACACGAUAUUCAGGAAGCUCGGAGAAGGUGUGACAGCGACAACUUGGCUUAUCCGCGACGAACGCAUAAGCGAUUCUAAAUAUGCUGCUGCAAAGAUUCUGACUGCUGAAGCUACCCUGGACGUUGAUCAGGGCAUCAUUCGCGAGCUCGAAUUUCUCAAGGAAGUCGCCAAGAACGCUGAAGAACGUGAUGACGAAGGAUUCGAACACCUUCCAACACUGUUAGAUAACUUUAUCGCCACCAGCCCAGGCGGAACCCAACAUCUUUGUUUGGUCCAAACGUUGUUUAGCACCUCUGUUUCCGCACUUCGCCGUUCAGCCCCAACCAAGUCUCUCCCAGCAUACAUGGUUCGCAAUAUUCUCUACAUGGUCCUUCAAGCUCUUGACGCACUCCACUCAAUAGACAUUAUUCACACUGAUGUCAAGCUGGAUAACAUUCUCUUCACCAAUGCUUUGUACUCGCUUGACGAUGCGAUGGACACGUUCCUUGCUGCCAAUCCAGCAGAGACAGACGGCGACUCUCCCAGAUCACAGCCAAUCCCCCACGAGUGGACAUACGAAACAGAAGCAUUUCAAGCAGAGCGGAUGACGGUCGCGCUGGUUGAUCUGGGACAUGCGCAACGUGCAGGAGAGCAGCCAACGGCAGCUGGCUUUAGUGCACAAGCCUUACGGGCGCCCGAGGUCAUUCUGUGGUCGGAUAUUGGCCCAAAAAUGGAUAUAUGGGCCAUCGGAUGCUUGACAUUCGAACUCCUAGUAGGGCGCUGGCUAUUUGACCCCGAAGAUGCACAACCAGACUGGAGUGUUGAAGAUGACCACUUGGCUAAGAUGAUGGAACUUACUGGACAGAAAUUUCCGGAUACCAUGCUAGCUCGUGCAAAGGAAAGGGACAAAUACUUUGACAAAAAUGGCAAUCUCCUCCGAAUUCCUGAUCUUGUGCCAGUCAAGCUCGAGGAUGCCAUGGCGAACUAUAACAUCCCUGGCUUGACUAAGGAUGAGAUCGAGCUGGCGGCAAAUUUCAUCAGGGACUGCUUGAAGUUUGAUUACAAGGAGAGGGCUAGUGCAAAGGAGUUAAUCAAGCAUCCAUUCUUGAAGAAUGUAUUUGGGAGUUAA